UCAUGACGUUAUCGAAACACAUUUGCAUUGUUGAAUCUUAAAUGGAUCUACUGAAACGAAACUGAGUUUAAAACGCAUGAAAUGUAAAAUACGAAAUAAAAUCCAUCGGGGUGAAAGUAAAUGCCGACGUCAAGUCAAGUUUUGAUUUUGCAGAAAAAAAUUCCCGGCAUAUCUCUACCCGAGAUUUCCUCAGUAAAAUGUACCGUUGCGGGAGUUUACCAUUUGGGCGGAUGCAUGCCUCUAACCGGGAAAUCUGUAGCAGACGUAGACGCUGUAAACAUUUUAGGGCGGGAAUCAGCACAGUUGUUUAAAUACCACAAUUUACCACAGGGUUAUUCGAGUAUUCUUUCGCUAGACAAACUCAGCGGGUUUUUGCAAUGGCAGGCACUAGGAGGUGAUGACCGUCCACAAAUCUCUGGAUCAGAGGGAGGGAUCCAAAGGCGGUGCAUCAGUGGUUCAGCAGCAGAGUAUCCAGGAUAUAAAAUCGGACAGAGACCGCGUUCUGCUAACUCUGGCAAGUCGUCAAAAGUUCGCCUGAACCCCUUUGUAUUUGAUUCUCUAAUAAAACUUGGAUUCAACAGAUAUACUCUGCUUAAAAAAGCUGACAUUGUGUUUGACGGGUUCUCAUCAAGAAAGGUUGUGAGUUCGAAACGCUGUUCUAAAACAACGCAAACGGAGACCUUGACUGGUAGCAAUUUCCCUCAACAACAAUCUGGGGAAGAACACAGAACAGGUGUAAAUGAGGCCGUUAAUAAGGCAGACUCAAAAGACGAUCUUUCUGAUUUCGGUAGUGACAAUGAUGAACUGUGUGAAGAAAACCGUGUGAAACCUUCAAUGCACAUGCGCAGAGACGUUCCCGAGUUAAGGCCACGUGCGGCCAUCUUUAGUUUUCGCGACAACGAAUUCACAACUCAUGCAGAGGUUAAGUACUUAAUUGAAACGCAAAUUGGGGUCCGUGUAAAGUCAAUCCAGUUCGAUCCUUUAGAUGUGCGGACAGGCAAGCCAAAAGUGCACAGCAGAUGGAUUGUGGAUUUUUUCAGUGACUGGGACCUACAUGAAGCGUUAAAAAAUGGCCUUAAAGUUGGAAAGGAUAAACUAUUGUUCUUUAAGCAUGACGACAUAGCUAAGCGCGAAGUGUCUUCAUUCAAAUAUUACAUGGCAGUGCAGAACGCAAAGAAAGCGCUGAAAAGCAAAUCACUUACAAGCAGAACUAUACCAAAACGUCCAGCAAAAUCAGUAAAGAGUCUUAAUUAAUAUCGCAUCGAAUCAAUGACAAAUCCUUUUCUUAGGUUCAAAGCAUUGUUUAAUAACAUGGAAGAUAACUCUUUAUUAAAUCAUGAUAUAAUCA